CCAAAUCUCGCGAGAACGGACGAGGGGAUAAGUUAAGGAAACAUGGCGAUGCCUAAUUUGUUAAAGAACAAGGGUUCCCUCCAGUUUGAGGACAAGUGGGAUCUUAUGCGUCCCAUCGUCCUUAAGUUGCUUCGCCAAGAGUCUGUAACUAAGCAGCAGUGGUUUGAUCUUUUCUCAGAUGUUCAUGCAGUUUGUCUAUGGGAUGACAAAGGACCAGCAAAGAUCCACCAGGCCCUCAAGGAGGACAUCUUAGAUUUUAUUAAACAAGCUCAAGCGCGAGUGCUCAGUCACCAAGAUGACACGGCGCUCCUCAAGGCUUACAUCGUGGAGUGGAGGAAGUUCUUCACGCAGUGUGACAUUCUGCCCAAGCCGUUCUGCCAGCUGGAGAUCACCCUGAUGGGCAAACAGGGCAGCAACAAGAAGUCCAAUGUGGAGGACAGCAUUGUUAGGAAGCUGAUGCUGGAUACUUGGAACGAAUCUAUAUUCUCCAACAUCAAGAAUAGAUUGCAAGAUAGUGCGAUGAAAUUGGUCCAUGCCGAACGGCUGGGAGAAGCGUUUGACUCGCAGUUGGUCAUCGGGGUCAGAGAGUCAUAUGUGAACCUGUGCUCAAAUCCUGAUGAUAAACUGCAGAUCUACAGGGAUAACUUUGAGAAAGCCUACCUAGACUCCACUGAGAGGUUCUACAGGACCCAGGCGCCGUCCUACCUGCAGCAGAACGGAGUACAAAACUACAUGAAAUAUGCAGAUGCUAAAUUAAGAGAAGAGGAGAAACGUGCACUACGAUAUUUAGAGACAAGACGUGAAUGUAACUCUGUACAAGCACUUAUGGAAUGUUGUGUGAAUGCACUGGUAACGUCAUUUAAAGAAACUAUCUUGGCUGAAUGUCCAGGCAUGAUCAAACGAAAUGAGACUGACAAGCUGCACCUCAUGUUCUCUCUCAUGGAUAAAGUGCCCAAUGGGAUUGAACCAAUGUUGAAAGACUUGGAGGAGCACAUCAUCAGUGCUGGACUGGCAGACAUGGUGGCUGCUGCAGAGACCAUCACAACUGACUCUGAGAAGUACGUGGAGCAGCUCCUGACUCUGUUCAAUCGAUUUAGUAAAUUAGUGAAGGAAGCGUUCCAGGAUGAUCCUCGGUUCCUUACAGCCAGAGACAAAGCAUACAAAGCAGUUGUGAAUGAUGCCACAAUAUUUAAGUUGGAGCUGCCAAUGAAACAGAAGGGAGUGGGCCUAAAAACACAACCAGAAUCAAAGUGUCCGGAGCUGCUGGCUAACUAUUGUGACAUGCUGCUAAGAAAGACGCCACUCAGCAAAAAGCUGACCUCAGAGGAGAUCGAGCUCAAACUGAAGGAAGUGCUACUUGUGCUGAAAUACGUCCAGAAUAAGGAUGUGUUCAUGAGGUACCACAAAGCCCACCUGACCAGACGUCUGAUCCUGGACAUCUCAGCGGACAGUGAGAUUGAGGAGAACAUGGUUGAGUGGCUCAGGGAAGUUGGGAUGCCUGCUGACUAUGUGAACAAGCUAGCUAGAAUGUUCCAGGACAUCAAAGUGUCCGAAGAUCUUAACCAGGUUUUCAAGGAAGUACACAAACACAACAAGCUGGCUUUACCAGCGGACUCUGUGAACAUAAAGAUCUUGAAUGCUGGAGCGUGGUCACGCAGCUCAGAGAAAGUGUUCGUGUCUCUGCCCACCGAGCUGGAAGACCUCAUUCCUGAGGUGGAAGACUUCUACAAGAAGAACCACAGCGGCCGAAAACUCCACUGGCACCACCUCAUGUCCAAUGGCAUUAUCACUUUCAAGAAUGAAGUAGGGCAGUACGACCUGGAGGUCACGACCUUUCAGCUGGCUGUACUUUUUGCCUGGAACCAAAGACCACGAGAGAAGAUCAGUUUUGAGAACCUGAAACUUGCCACUGAGCUGCCUGAUGCUGAACUGAGACGAACUCUCUGGUCUCUCGUUGCCUUCCCAAAGCUCAAACGCCAAGUGCUGUUAUAUGAACCUCAAGUGAGCUCUCCCAAAGACUUCACAGACAGUACAUUGUUUUUCGUUAACCAGGAGUUCUCCUUAAUAAAAAACACCAAGGUUCAAAAGAGGGGGAAAAUAAACCUAAUUGGCCGAUUGCAGCUGACGACGGAGCGAAUGAGAGAAGAGGAGAACGAAGGCAUCGUCCAGCUUAGAAUAUUAAGAACACAGGAGGCCAUCAUUCAGAUCAUGAAGAUGCGCAAGAAGAUCACAAACGCUCAGCUGCAGACCGAGCUGGUGGAGAUCCUGAAGAAUAUGUUCCUCCCUCAGAAGAAAAUGAUCAAGGAACAGAUCGAGUGGCUCAUUGAGCACAAGUACAUCAAGAGAGACGAAACGGACAUUAACACUUUCACCUACAUGGCGUAACGCAGAAACGACUCCGGAGAUGAUCCGUGACCGUUCUCGAGGACGGCGUACCUGUCGAGGAUCAGGAUGGUGAUGUCUCGAAGAUACUGCUUAGGCUGCUGGUCUGGCGGCGUAGUCAUGAGCUUGUUAUAACAACAGACAGUCACACAUCAGAUACAAAAAUGUAUUUAAAAAAAUAAUAAAUCCCUGCCUUACCUUACAGUGAAGACACAUGGGAUGAGGAUAGAAAAAAUAGGAAAAAUGACAAAAGGAUCCUAUUUUUGCCAUUGGUAGUCAGUAUGCAUGGUGCGCGGUUUGCCUUUUGUAUGUGUACAUCUCCAGCAGCAUGCGGUCAGUGGGAAUGUCACAUUCAUUCCAGGACUUGUUUGUGUGUGCCGUGCUACGAGUGUUUUUUCCCACUCCCACAUCCUCCGUCUGGACCUCGCCGUGUCCCAUCUUCAGUGCGCAACCCGGGGUGAGAGCCGUCCCACCAUCGCAACCACAAACACCUGGCCUUGCAUGACGACACUGGAGUCACUGAGGAGUGCGGGCCGGGAUGGAGGACUAGCAUUAGCACUUUUCACACUCUCCGUCACAAUAUGUCAGCAUGGCUUUAUUUGGGUUGUUUUUCACGACUUCGGGUUUUGUUUUGACUUUUUUCUUCGUCAAAAUAUCGCAAAUGAAAGAUUUGAUUGGCUGAUAGCAGUUUAGGCAACACAUUACUCUUUAAAAUGCUAGCAAAAGAGAUCCUGGCAUUCAGAUGUCACAAAGGGUCAAGGUCUGUGGAGAAAAUCUUUCAGUUUGUGAUGUUUUUUUUUCCGGUGUACAUGCAUUACGUUACACACCAAGUCAGAAGGUCAGUGUAACGUAGUUGCAGUUUCUUUUUUGUGCUUACUACACUUCGGUCACAAAUAGCGACAGAUGCCAACUGAUUAGCUUGUGAUGAGGUGGCCCCACUAAGGACCUGUAACAUGUAGCCUACUCAUCAAACCUGUUGAGUUUUAGCCACAAAACGAUUUAUUGUCAUCGCCCCGUCACGGCUGAGCGUAAACAAGCGGUAAAGCACAGUUACAGGAGUCUGAGUAAAGCAAGUACUGCUUCAACCUCAGGUAAAGUAGGGCAGAGUCAUUUUAAAAGUAGGUUGUGCUAACUUUAAUUAGCGCCUCGCGGUUCUUGUUAAUCACACAUUGCCAAAGCGAAGCACAAGAGUGCUGAUCUCAAAAUCAAAUAAUGUAGGAUCUAUUGCAAUUAUUGUUUUCCCUCUAUUUCCGAGGUCACCCUCGUAGCCACGUUUAGUGGAAAACAGGAAGUCUGGGCUUUUUUUUUUUCUUUUUUUUUUACUCAUUAUUGUCCUAUUAUGACCGAGUAUCUAUGAACAAAAGCUUGUGCAAUUACUGAUUGUGUUUAUUAUAAUCAAAUGAACUGUUAACAUUUAAAUGUGCAAAAAAAGUAUUAACUCUUUUAUUUUUCAAACAGAUUUCCUGUAGUGAUCGUGUCUAGUCAGUCUAAAAUUGAGUUUUUCAGUGUGUUUGGAGUGACGGUUACCAUAUAUCAGCCUGCCAGUGUGUUCUCAAUAAAAAAUAACAACAAAAAUAUCAUAUUUACUGGCUGAUGACGUCUAGAUUUGAUUGUACGUUCAUAUCCAAACCCAAAACACUGAAUCUAAUGAGGGGAACAUGAUGACAUCCCAAUGAAAUCCUCACCUGUAUUUCUGUAACAUUGCUGCAGUUCAACUGUCCAUCUCCACUAUGACAUUUUCUGUCAAUUCUGUUUGUUUUUGUCUGUUUUUAAUGCAACACAGUCAUUCAUUUGUAUCCCCAGUGUUUGAUUUCACAUGGUAACUGAAAUAGUGAAAAGGUUCCUUUCGAUUGUACUGAAAAGCCGUUCUUUAUAAGAUUCAGAUGUACAACAGUGUUUGAGGACAUUGUGUUAUUUGAUUGUCCACUUUAUUUAUUGAUAACUUAAGCCUGUUUGAGAGGUCGAGUGUGUGUGUGUGUGUGCGUGCGUGCGUUUACGCUUAGGAGCCUUUUACAACAGGGUGCUGUCAUAUCCUGUUACGUUUAUGCAUUUUCAUUUUUGGAAUUUAAAAUCGAUGUUUCUCCUGACUGUAUGUUUUCCUCUAUCAAUUUCUCUAGGUAAAUACAUAUUUUAAUAGGACAAGCACUAUGAUUUUCACAUUUAUCAAUCACUGUUGGAGUUUGUUGUGUGCUUGUGUUACUCUAAAGCUAAUUUGAAUGACAUCAAAUGAAAUGCAGUCUCAAAAGCUGAAAUUUCAGUUCAUUGUAGUGGAAGAUGAUGAAACUGAAUAAAAAUGGUGUGAAUGACCUUUCGAGAGAAUGCUACAUGAAAUUAUGAAUUCUACUUUAUUGUUUGCGAAUUUAUGCAUUUUCUCUGAUGCACAUGGUAUGUUCCAGUAAUAAAGUCUGUGUGCACUUCAUUCAGUGGUAUAAUGCAAUAAGUGAGCGUGAAACAAGACAUUUUGAAAUCUGUUGAUGGAAUUUUCUCUAAUAAAGUUGCAUACACAGAUAAACACUCACUAUUAAGUUGAUUAUAUUGCACUGAAAUAGUUCCAUGUGUGAGAUGGGGGUGAUCAUUUGAUUUCUUGAGUGGCACAACAGUAUUUUUAUCAUUUUAAUACUGUAUUAAUAAUGUGCACUUACUGUCCUUUUUGUCACUCCACUAUAUCACAUACCAGGAGGAGUGGUGUUUGUGUUCUAGUUAUCGCUCUUGUCUUGUAGAGUGUCUUCCGUCAUUGAUCUAAACUGACUAAUAUGUAAGGGUUUGGGUUUAUUCUCAAAAGAAUAUGUCACUUUAUACUUACACAGAUAUGUUCUGGUGAUGGUUUCAUGGUGAACUGGACAGUUGUCAGUAUUCAUUUGAAUGACACAUGAGGACAGUUCUGCAAUUAUUGCCCACAUACACUUUCUGAUAAAUGGUUCAGUAGAAAACUGAACACACAAGUUCCCUGUAGUGUGACACACUGCUGUUACAACAAGUCCAAUGUAAGUUUCUGAGAAGGUGCAUAUGCUCUGACUAUGACUGUCUGUUUUCAAGAUUUCUUGCCUGGAGCUUUAAAAGCUUCAAGAAUAUUUGAAAAUGAAUAAGUAUGAGGUGAAUGUCUGCCAUUGAACAGUGAAGAUCUGGAACGGAUGCUAUUCUUGCAGUGUGAGUCUAAAGCACUUUCAUAUACUGGAUUUUUCUCAUUUUUCUUUUUGCAUCAUUUAUUU